AUGGAUUUCGCGCAACAGACUACCACCCCAUCAGAUUGGAUCCUUGCCGACUUUGCCAAAGUCGAUUAUGGCGCCCCCAAUGGUGCAAAUUUCACUUUUGCUAAACGAUACGAUGCCCCGUACAUUUGGUCUCGUUUCUAUGUCCUCUUUGGCCGCAUCGAAGUGGUUCUGAAGGCGGCACCUGGAGCUGGCAUCAUUACCGGUGCAGUCAUGAUGUCGGAUGACAUGGACGAAAUCGACUGGGAGUUUUCAGGUAACAAUUUCGCAGGAGCGAAUGGCAAGGUCCAGACGAAUUUCUUCGGAAAAGGUGUCACAGGAUACUACGACAGAGGUACAACACCAGCGGUAAAUGCUCCGCAAGAUCAAUUCCAUACUUAUGCCCUGGACUGGAGCCCUGACGCUCUGAUUUGGUCGAUUGAUGGACAAAACGUUCGGACCUUGAAAAACACCCACGCCACUUCCGGCGAGUACCAAUUCCCCCAAAGUCCAUCUCGCCUCCAUCUUGGCGUUUGGUGCGCAGGAGAUCCGGACAACAACGGAGCAACUGUUGCAUGGGGAGGAGGAUACACCAAUUUCAGCCAGGCGCCGUUUUCGGCCUAUGUCAAGUCCGUCAAGGUCACCACUCCAAACCCUUGCUCUAGUUGGCAAUAUCCCAGUCCCUUCGAUGGCACUUACAAGUCCGUGCUGUGUACGAACCAAACCAUUACCAACAAUCUGCCGUGUACCUAUGCUGUUGUCCAAGGGGAUGAUGGCUACAAGAUCGCGAAGACCCUAGGAGUUGCUUUUGAUGCUCUCAAGACUGCGAAUGCCAACUUGAAUUGGGACACCUUGCUUGUGGGACAGGCCCUCAAUGUGCCAGGUGGAAAUUGUACAAUGUCUUCAAGCACAUCUUCACCUUCGGCGACCUCUAACCGUUCUCCAUCUCCCAGCAGCAAUUCCACAUCUUCUACAUCCACCGUCACAGUUGUUUCUUCCACCAUCUCAUCGAUUACACUGACGUCAACAACCUCGACAGCGGACAAUUCUAGUGCGCCAGCUUCUUCAAGCAGUCCAUCAACAAGCUCGAGCUCUGUAUCUACGAUUUCGGCGGUGAUAACCAGUUCAAGCUUGAACACUUCAGUGAUGUCUAGCCCGACACCCAACAGUGCCUCAGUACAGUUACCGCUUCCCACUUCCUACACCGUGGUUGCUGGUGAUUAUGGCUAUGCUAUUGCCACGAAGCUCGGUUUCACCUUUGACGAUCUCAAGGCAGCAAAUCCUGGUCUUGACUGGGACAAGUUGCAGAUUGGACAAAACUUGAAUCUCCCAGGCCAAGUCUCUGCAUCUGCCGCGUCUAGCACGCAAAGUGCGGCCUCAGAUCAGACGAGUUCCCAAUCGACAACGCCCGGCGCUAUGUCUGCCUCACCUACCGGGACAGCAUCUGACGAUUCCACAUCCACAACUGCAGCUGCAUCUUCGAUUUCAGCUGCCGCGUCUAGCACUGGACAUGCUGUUGAUUCAGGCUCAAAGGCAUCAUCAAGCUGUCCCGCGUCCAGCAGCCAGCCCGGUUCCACACCCACGACGGCAGCCUCAGCUAGUAAUUCGUCGGAUACUUCUGGCUCCAGCUCUGAGCCUGUUAGUAGCGAAAAUGUCACGGUCAGUCCCACCAAGGCCACGACACCAGCCAUGACCGGCCCUACGGCACCUUCGAGCCCGGCCAUCUCUACAUCGUCAGCACCGACUACAAAGACUGCAGCUUCUAAUACUCAAGGAACGGCCCCUUCCGUCACUCCUGUCCACUCUUCGAUCUCCUCCCCUGACAAGGUCAGUCCGGCUACGCCAGCAUCUGCCUCAAAGAUGAUACGCAACCAGGAUAAUUGCUUGCGAAACAUGAUCGAUGCUCGGUAUUCUUCCUCGAUGUUGGCUUUCUGUUCAACAUAUUCCACCAAGGGAUCUAAUGCCGCUGCUGUUCCUACAUUCUUGGGCGGUUGCCCAAAGGACGACAAGAGGGUCAGCAGUGCAUGCACUUGUCUAGUCAGUAGCUUUGCACCACCGACUGGAACCCCGGCAAUAACCACCCCUGCACUGCGCGCGGGAACUCCUUCAUGGAGAUUGAAGCGAUCACCGUUGCGGUGGGAUAGAGUACGGGCUUGA